AUGGGUGAUGAACGAGUUGGUGAGUUGCAUAGUAAUGAACCUUUGGAGCAUGAAUUAACCGACAAUGAUGAAAUGUGUGAGGAUGAUGAUGAUGAUGAUGUGGAUGAUGCACCUAAUGCACCCGUUGAAGAUCAAAGUAUUAAUCAUCAUUCUACAAGCAUUGAUGGUUUCAAAAGUUGUAGGCCAGUCAUUUCCAUCGACGGCACACAUCUUUAUGGUUUUUAUGAUAUGAAACUGUUAAUUGCGGUUGGGAUUGAUGCCAAUGGAAAUAUUUUCCCACUUGCAUAUGCUUUAGUUGCACAGCACCAGAAGAAAAAGUUUGUGCAACAGAUGCAACAAAUUAAAAUAUUGUCUCUUGCAGCAUAUGAAUGGUUAAAUGAAUUUCCUUUGGAAAAAUGGACAAUGUAUAAGGAUGGUGGUCGUAGAUGGGGUGCCAUGACGACAAAUGUGUCUGAGUCAUAUAAUGGUUUAUUGAAAAAAGCUCGGGGGCUUCCUGUGACUGUCAUGGUUCGAAUGACGUUCAAAACUCUUGUUGAUCGUUUUGUCGAAAGAAACAACCUUGCAAUCGCAUUACUUCAAAGUAAUAUGUCGUGGCCUCUUGCAAUAGAUAAAAAAUUUAAUGAUUAUUAUCAAAAAGCUCAAAGGCACACAGAUAUGAUGACAUACAACACUGGUGAUGGAGUAUUUGAAAUUCUUACUUUUGUUCAUGAUGGUAAAGGUGGAAAUGUCCACAAGGUUACUGCAGAAGGUAAGAAAUGUUCUUGUGGAAAAUGGAGAAAUUAUCAUAUGCCUUGCUCGCUUGCCAUUAAAUUUUGUGGACUUCGCGGAAUCGAGCCAAAGUCAUAUGUAAGUAAAUUCUACAGUACAAAAUAUUACAAACAAACAUACACUGAGACAUUUACCCUAGUGGGUGAUGAAUGGUAUUGGCCGCCAACUCCUUUUAAUUUAAUUGCAAAUACUGAAUAUUUGCGAACAUGA